AUGUCCCCACGUCCCCAUGCCUGCCUCACCCAGCACCUGGUGCGGAGGAGGUUGCAAAGGGGACAGCUGGAGUUUCUUUGGAGUCUGGCAGGAGCUCUGGGUUUGGUCCUGGGACACCCUUUUGACACUGUAAAGGUGCGGCUACAGACCCAGACCACAUACCGGGGCAUCAUCGAUUGUAUGGUGAAGACCUACCGCCAUGAGUCGCUCCUGGGCUUUUUUAAGGGAAUGAGCUUCCCCAUUGCGAGCAUAGCCAUGGUCAACUCCGUCCUGUUCGGGGUCUACAGCAACACCCUGCUGGCGCUCACGGCAACCUCUCACCAGGAACGGCGGGCCCAGCCACCCAGCUACAUACACGUCUUCAUAGCUGGCUGCACCGGAGGGUUCGUGCAGCAUGUGGCGGGCCGGGAUCUGUGA